GAAAAGACGCUUCCCUCCACGCUAAUCUCGGUCGACUCUCCCCUUCCUCACCUCUUCGUGCAUAUAAAACCAGCGCCGUAAGAAGAUCUCCUCGACGCCGAAAGAAUGUCCAGAGUUCAUCCUACACUGAGAAUGACCGACGACGACGAAGAGCUCGCGACGACGACAGCCCGUCCAUCGAUUUGGACGGUAUGGAACAAGUCGAGCAUGGGUUUCCACGGAACGGAUGGGUUCUCGAUUUAUGACAGCAAGGGAAGACUGGCCUUUCGGGUCGACAAUUACUCGAGGAAGCACAAGUGUUUUGCAGGGCAGCUGCUGCUCAUGGAUGCCAAUGGGAAGGCACUCAUGGCUUUGAGGCCUCGGAUACUGAGCAUGCACGACAGGUGGAGCGGAUUCAAAGGCGAAGACGGCUUAGAUCCAAAGUGCAGAACUCACGUCUUCUCCAUGAAAAGGCGAUCGAUCCUUCAAGGCGGCGACAAGGCGGAGGUGUACAUGGAUAGUCCAGACGACCGAUCAUCGCUGCCGCAUUUCAAGACCGAGGGUUGUUUCAGAAGAAGAGACUGCAAGAUUUUGGACAGCAAUGGCGAGGAGGUGGCGCAAAUAAGCCACAAGAAAGUGAACAGGUCCGUCACUUUGGGCGAUGAUGUGUUCAGCCUCAUCAUUCAGCCGUACACCGAUACUGAGCUGAUAAUGGCUUUUCUGGUCAUCAUGGACCGCAUCUGCUAGAAGCCUUGUAGCUUUUCAUGGCUGGAGGGUCGCCAUUUUCGCACCCGACAUAGCUGCUGCUUGCGGUAGAUAACACAGUGAGUGAGAUAAGAUGGAAGCUGUGGAAAUAUAUGAAGUCACAAAGGUCAACAUGUUCAGUGACGUUAAGUGAAUCUUACGAUGCAGUCAGGUCUUUUCUCUUUUGA